GCGGCGCCUCCUCCUCCUCCUCCUCUUCCCCCCCCCUCUCCCACCACCUGACAGACAGCCCACCCGCACGAGACACACACACACACACUCGCGCGCGCGCACACACACACGGAGAGAGAGAGCGAGAGAGCGCGCGAUGAGCGUCCAGGGACCAACGGCCGCGGCGCCAACCGUCACCGAGGAACCGGGCGCCUCUGCCGCCGCCGCCGCCGCCGCCAGGAAGCGCCAGGCCAGCGUGGUGGAUGAAGGAGCCAUCCCGAAGCCGCAGCAGCACUCCAAGCAGCAGCAGCAGCCGCCGCAGCAGCUGAUCAGCGUGGACGUGGCCGGCAUCCUGCUGCAGUUCGCCAAGACUUUUGUCAUCAUCUUCCCGGUCUACGCGCUGGGCUACUUGGGCCUGAGCUUCAGCUGGGUGCUGGUCGGCCUCUUCUUCUUCUUCUGGUGGCAGAGGAACCGGGGCAACAAGCGCUCGCGCCUGUCCCGGGCACUGGCCUUCCUGGAGCAUGAAGACACCUUCCGAGAGGAGAUCAAGAGCUCGGACCUGCCGUCCUGGGUUCACUUCCCGGAUGUGGAGAGAGUAGAAUGGAUAAACAAGACGGUGAAACACAUGUGGCCCUACAUCUGCCAGUUUGUGGAGAAGCUGCUGAAAGAGACCAUCGAGCCCGCUGUCAGGGGAGCAAACAGUCACCUCAGCACCUUCAGCUUCACAAAGAUUAACCUGGGAGACAAGCCUUUGCGGAUCAAUGGGGUAAAAACAUAUACCGAAAAUGUGGACAAUCGACAGAUUAUCUUAGAUCUUCAAAUCAGCUAUGUUGGAAACUCUGAGAUAGAUCUUGAGAUCAAGAGGUACUUUUGCAGAGCUGGUGUGAAAAGUAUACAGCUUAAUGGCAUAAUUCGAGUGAUUCUGGAACCCCUGCUUGGUGAUAUGCCCUUGAUUGGGGCAUUGUCUUUUUUCUUCCUCCGCAGGCCUCUACUUGAAAUUAACUGGACUGGACUAACCAAUCUCCUUGACAUCCCUGGGCUGAAUGGCAUGUCCAAUACAAUCAUCCUUGACAUCAUCUCCAACUAUCUGGUGCUACCGAAUCGGAUCACCGUGCCGCUGGUAGAUGAGGUGCAGUUGGCUCAGCUCCGCUUCCCCAUUCCAAAAGGGUUUCUCAGGAUACACUUUAUUGAAGCUCAGGAUCUGGAAUGGAAGGACACGUUCAUGAAAGGACUUGUGAAGGGAAAGUCGGACCCCUACGGCAUUCUCCGUGUUGGUAACCAAAUGUUCCAGAGCAAGACCAUCAAAGAGAAUCUAAAUCCAAGGUGGAAUGAGGUUUAUGAGGCCUUAGUGUACGAGAGUCCAGGGCAGGAGCUGGAGAUUGAGCUUUUUGACGAAGAUCCAGAUAAAGACGAUUUCCUUGGCAGCCUUAUUCUUGACCUCGUUGAAGUACAGAAAGAACAGCUGGUGGAUCAGUGGUUCGAUUUGGAGGAAGUGAGCAGAGGAAAGUUACACCUGAAGCUGGAGUGGCUCUCUCUGCUGCCGACACCUGAGAAAUUGACUGAGGCAAUGGCCAGUACCAAAGCUAUUAAAGGGCAGGCCAAUGAUGGGCUUUCCUCUGCCUUACUCAUCGUCUAUAUGGACUCAGCCAAGAAUCUCCCAAAUGUCUACGAAGGAAACUUUGGGUGUGGAUACUUGCGAGAGAGGAGAGCAUCGGGACUAGUAUUUUGUGAAAAUACUAGCUCAGUCUUUAGAGACUUGUUUCAAAAUCGAUUUGAAAUAAGCCUUGAAGGCGUGAAGAAGGCUAAUACUUCCAAAUUGAAGUUCGGAAAGAAAAUGAACAGCGAACCUAACCCAUUUGUCCAGUUGUCAGUAGGGCACAACACAUUUGAAAGUAAGAUCCGGUAUCGGACUACAGAACCAGUUUGGGAAGAGGCGUUUACUUUCUUUGUUCACAAUCCUCAAACCCAAGAGCUGGAUGUUGAGAUUAAAGACGACCAUCACCAGUGCUCACUGGGUUCUUAUAACCUGCGUCUUGAACAGCUGUUGGAAGCUGAAGACCUGACUCUGAAUCAGCGAUUCCAACUGAAGCACUCUGGCCCCAACAGCACACUCAAGAUGAAGAUAGUACUCAGGAUACUUUGUAUUGAAAAGCAAGAACGGUCUCCGGAUCGUCAGUCGUCCACUCAGUUAAAAAAGUACAGCAAGGAUAUCCGAAAACCAACACCAAAAGCCCAGUCUGGGGCAGCAGCCGCAGAGUCAAGCAAAGGCACCCCGGGCCCACUAAACCCCGAAAGCAUCAAGAAGCUUGAAAAGACUGACAAGCUGGAGAAAGAGAGCGCCUCGUCCCCCAGCCCGCAGAGGCCUACCAGUCUGCAGAGAACACCAUCGGGUCACACCAGCUCCAGUCAAACAGGCUCGCCGUCACACCUCUCAAACAAGGAGCCCACCCCGAGCAUCGCUUCCGAUAUAUCCUUACCAUUCGCCACGCAGGAGUUACGGCAGAGACUGCGGCAGCUACAAAAUGGAACAACUCUUGGCCAGUCACCGCUGGGUCAGAUUCAGUUGACAAUUCGGCACAGCUCUCAACGAAACAAGCUCAUUGUGGUUGUACAUGGCUGCCGUAAUCUAAUAGCUUUCUCUGAGGAUGGGUCAGACCCCUAUGCCCGGUUGUACUUACUGCCCGACAAGCGAAGAUCAGGAAGGAGAAAAACAUCAGUGCUGAAGAAACAGUUAAAUCCAGUGUACGACGAAACGUUUGAGUUCAGCGUAUCACAGGCAGAGGUCCAAAAACGAACUCUGGAUGUAGCUGUGAAGAACAGCGGUGGCUUCCUGUCCAGAGACAAAGGGCUGCUCGGAAAGCUCCUAAUAGAGAUGACAGAAGAAGUGGCUCGAGGCAGCACUCAGUGGUAUGAUUUAACAGAGGACGGCACUAGGCACCAGCCCCAGACCUAGGCAAAGCAACAAACCAGUAUCCAGAUCGGUCACCAAGGCUUUUUAGUACUUUUUUUUCAAUCAUCCCAGGAGCACCAGCAUCACAUCUAAAGCUUUGCACAUGUGCCAAUGAAAUGCACCUCGUUUUACACACAAACUCUCACCUACUAGUACAUAUUUUACUUAUUUUGUCACUGCUUUACGCAUAUUUAAUUUUUAAAACUUUUAUCAGUGAAGUA